ACCUUAGACAGGUGGCAUCGGAUGCGGCUGCUCAUGUCCGUCUGUCUCCCCUUCUUUAAGGGAUCUCGUUAACUCUCUUGUACCCCCCACAGCUCGCCGUCAAGAAGUAACAAACACGCCCUAACUUAAAUCUCUCUCUCUCUGGUUACCCCAAUUAGCUCUGUCUCUCUCUUUCGAUCCAGGGUUUUACUAGGGUUUAUAAACCUUCCACAACUCCAAUCAAAUCCCUAACUCAGCUAAUCUCACUAGUCUUUCUCUGGAUGGGGAUAACAUUUAUCGUUGUUCAAUAGAGAUUGAACGAUUCGCUAAAUUACUAGUGAGCUCAAGAAUCAAUCGCAGUAACCCUAGAAAUUACUGUGUUGAAUAUGAGCAAUGGUGGUAGAGAGAGUGGAAGAGAGUGUGAGCAUGGCAAGUCAAAGAAGAAAUCAGACGAUUUUGCCCAAGCUAUCGCCAAGAUUGCUGUAGCGCAAGUAUGCGAGAGUGAAGGAUUUCAGAGCUUCCAGCAGGCGGCCCUUAAUACGCUGUCCGACGUGACCGUUCGAUAUAUUCGUGAAAUAGGGAAGAGUGCAAAUUUCUAUGCGAAUUUGGCUGGUAGGUCAGAGAGUAACGUGUUUGAUAUAAUUCAUGGGUUGGAAGAUUUGGAAUCAUCGCAGGGGUUUUCAGGUGCUUCCGAUAUUAAUUGUUGUCCUGCUGGUUCAGGUAUAGUUCGGGAGAUUACUCAGUAUGUUGGUGAUGCUGAGGAAAUUCCAUUUCCAUAUUCCAUUCCCAGUUUUCCCAUCAUUAAGGACCGAAACCCAAUACUUAGUUUUGCACAAGUUACUGAAGUAUCACCCAGUGAGCAUAUUCCUUCAUGGUUGCCUGCAUUUCCUGAUCCGCAGAUUUGUACACGCUCGCCCUCGCGGAAGGGCAGAGAAGCAGAUACUCCGUUUGAUAAAACUGAGCCUAGUAAAGAGCAGAGGAAGGUGGAAACGACCUUGUUGAAUUUGCAGCAGCAAUUGGCUUGUAAUGGGUCUGAAGUACCAACGGCUGUUGACCCAGGAGAUGCUGACAAGGCUAAACAAGCAGCUGAAAGUAACCCAUUUCUUGCAGCCCCUUUGAGAAUAGGAGAGAAGGAAGUGUCUUCAGUGGUGCUUCCACCUAAACUCUUGGAUGAAGCUGCAGCGAAUAACAGUGCGGUUGUGCAGAAUCAUGUUUCGGUGUUGGAGACAUUUGCUCCAGCUAUUGAAGCAAUGAAGAACACAUUAUGCGAUUCUGAAGAGGAUGGGAAAAAGGUCCUUCUGAACACAAGGUCUACUGUGCAAUUUAAGUUCGGGAUUGGAAAGAAGUCCUCAGGUACAUCAAGCAUACGUAAUGAGGGUAUUGACAAAAUCAACUCCUGGUUUGGGGAUACUAAUGAGAAGGACAACAAGAAAAGGAGGGCCGAGCACAUUCUGAAGGAAUCUAUAGAAAACCCACAAGAGUUGGCCCAAUUGUAAAUUAGGUUGGUUUGAUUAGAAUUUGUAUACUUGUUUAGAAAACUGGUAGCAGUCUAGCAGAUACUGGUUCCCAGGGUAGUCAAAGUUGAGGAUCAUAUAGUUGUCUGUAUAUGCACAUUACAGACUGCUAGAAUUUAACAAGUUCGGAGGUACGUCUUUGAUAGUGGCUGUAAUAGAACCUUGUCAUUCCUGAUUCUUUCUAAUUGAAACUCUUGUUAUUUCUUUAUGAUCUGUUACUGGAUGGAUAUGUUAGUAUCUUCAGCUUC